GUCGUUACUUUUCUUAUCUGCUUUAGCUGUUAAGAGUGAAAUAACUAGUAGUCUUUUAUUGAUUCAGUGUUUGGAAGGAUAUGUGUAUACAGCAUAUCAUUGCUGACUGGAGUUGACAGUACAGAAGUAGUUAAGUCCAUAGGAAAAAAAAAAAAAUUUGAACUUGUUAUCCUGUUAAGCCUUAGCAAUACGGUCAGCCCAUCUUUCAUGAGCUUAGAAAAGCAAACUAUUCAGAGAGUCCGUAAUAGCAAGCAAAUAUCUGAGGAAAAUGAAUACUGGCUCCGUGUAACACAAACACAAGGGACAACCCAAACUGUGGAAUGUAGAUUGGUUUUGGUUUGCUCUGCAUGAGACUCAGUUAUGCACUUAAUCCUAGAAGAGUGGAAUCCAGAUGUCCUCAGUUCUUAGAAAUGAGUAGAAAAAGAAGAAAAAUCUGCAAGGGCAGAAAGAGCUCUGAUUCCAGAGAAUAUGAACAGUUGUCACCCAUUUGUAAAUGCCAACAAAAUGUAGGAAACCUUGGAAAUAAAGCAGAUGAGGCUCUGGCUCACUUCACCGAGCCAGUGGAUGUAAAAGGUACUGAAGAAGAUGGAAAAGAUCAUGAAAACAAGAAUCAGAGUAGCUCAGAUGCCUCUGAAGAUAGAGACCUUGAUACCGUAUCAGACAGCGAAAAAGAAGGAAAGAAGGAUAAGAACCACCCUUCCCAAAUGUUCUCUCCUCAGCAAGAUGAAAUCCUAGCUACAGUAACUUUUGGUGAAUCAGAGGGCUCAUCUACAGGAAAAAUUACAUUGUGGGGCAAGCCAGACUCUGCAGAGUCCAUUAGCUUGGCUACUGGCAAAAUUACUGCUGAAGUAAAAUAUGGUUCUUUUAAUGUGAAAGUAGAAAUUAAGAAUGUUUCUUUGUUUGAUUCUGAAACAAAACUCAUAGCUGAAAAAAGGAAAAGUUCAAAUAACAAUACAUGUUGCCAAGAAAGACACCAGAGAAGCCAGUGUUCAAAGUGUUCCAAGUACCAGUGUUCUUCAACUGACCAUUCAGCAGAACACCAUGGGAAUUACAAGGAGUCUUCUAAACAUAAAAUUCAACGUGCCAUCAAUAAAAAUUCCUCCCUGAAAAUGAACAUUGAAUCAAAUGAAAUUAAAGUGGAAUAUACCAAUAGAAAGAAAAAUCUAAAGGUUAACAUCAAACCUGGUGAACAGGCACACAGUAAAACCCGCAACAGGAAACAUGAAGAUAUAUAUUGGAUUGAAACAGAUUACUCUGUAACAGAGGCACCUUGCAAUACAGAUUGUGACUCAUCUUUUAACUUUUAUGAAAAAGUAGACUAUACAUUCCCAGAUGGAAGUACACUUCUCCCUCCACCUAAAGAAUUUGCUGACUGUGACAAAAUGCAUUUGGAUACAAUUGCAGAGGGGAUAUCUUCGUACCCUGUUAAUGACAGAAAGGAAUCUGACAGCCUCUCUACAACCUUGAGAAUCAGGGGGGAAGAAAGUUAUUUCCAUAAACAUAGCAAAAAGGACUAUGAAGACCACACCAGUGAAAACUUAUCAAUUUUUUCAAAAGAUAAAAUACUUUUCUCAAAAAUAAAUACUACAAAUUAUCUUGUAGCUAGUAAUACCUUUAAUAACCCAAACACUGGGAAGGAGUAUAUCAGUAAGAACAAUGAACUAGGUCAAGAAAGAAAGAAGUGUGACAAAUGGAAAGACACAGGGCAAAAACCAGCAAGAAGAAAGUCUUUCCCAGAUACUACCCUUGAUGCAUCAUCACUGGUUCACCCUAGAAGGGAUUCUGGGUUUUAUUCAUUGCCAUCCUUAAAAGUAUUGCCUAAGGAGACCAAAGCAGGAGAUGCCUAUAACAGGAACUCACAUGUUCAUAUCAGCUAUACAGAACUUUCUGAAUGUCCUGACUUGACCUCCUCACUGAGAAGUUUGAGAGGUCUUAAGUCUUCAUAUCAGUAUGCUUUCACGUCAUUUGAUCAUAAUAUUACCGUUUAUCCAUCUGAGCCUGAAGAAAGUCUAGAUGGCACAUGUUUACUGAAUGACUGUGCAGACUCUGUGGGGCAAGGUGAAGAAAAAGAAGAAACAUUAGGGGAGAGUCUUCAUUCCAGUGGUGCUAUAAAUGAGAAAAAAGAAAAUGGACAUGAGGAGCCUCUGAGAAACUUAGCCAUAUGGGAAGAAGACUCUGAGUCUACCAAAAAUGCUUUAGAUGAAGGGACACCAGAGUACAGCCAUCUAGAAAAGCACAUUGAAUUACAGAGCAAAGCUCAGCUAGUAGAGGUCUCUUCACAUUCUAGAAGCUCUUUGUGUGAAACACAUAAUGUCAAGAAAAGUGCUAAUAAUGCAUCUAUAGAAAGUAACCCACAUCAGCUUGCAGCUUUACAUCAAAAUGUUCACCUACCCCCUGCAGAGCCUGAGGUAGCAAAAAAAAGGAGAGGGUCAGUAAUCACUGUGAUAACUGGAGAAUUAGAACGAAGACUUAUCCAAGGUGACACUAAAUUAAUACCUGAUUUUUUUGACUCUGCAUUAAGAAAAGAGUCUAAACUUCCCUGUAGUAUACAAGAAAAAUCCUUGCUGUCAUCCUUGCUAUUAGAUCCUGAGGAGCAUAACAUAAAUAAUGAAUCAGAAAGCUUUUCAGAGAUACAAGACAUAUUUGGGGAUAUCCUUGUUGAAUCUGAUUGCCGUAGUAAUUCCGCACAGGCUGCCAUAUUAUCUACCUCUUUGGCAUAUACAGAAAAGAAAGAGAAUUUCCCAGAACAGUCAAAUGUCGAGGAAAGACCAAAGAAUUUUUGCAGUAAAGAGGCAACUGAUGAUAGCUUAAAGAGAGAGUCUGAAGCACAUCAACUACGUCAGUUAGCCAAAUCCAACUCUGAUGAAGUUGAGAAAAAAAAGAUUGAAAUGAAAGAAGAUUUUCAUCAGAAUGCAGAUAUUCCCCCAUCAUCAGUAAAACAGAUUAGUCAGAAAGACUUGAAAUCAGAAAUGAAUAAAACCAGAAAGCUGCCUUUGAUGAAAGACACCAGAGCUAGUGAUAGUUCCCAGGAAGAAGCAAUAGACCAGUGGGCCAGGAGACGGAAACAGUUCAAAGACAGCAAAAAAUGCAGUUCAACUGGAGGAAGCUCCAUAAACAGCACAAUUACUGAGGGAUCAAUAAUUUCAGAGGAUGCUCGGUCAGUAGAUCUGAGACUACAUUCUGAAAAUGAGGACAGAGGCUUUUAUUCAGAAAACUUUCAUUCUGCUUCCUGGGUUUUCAGAGGAGAUGAUGUAUCUCCGGAUAACAGUCCUAGAUGUCUCAGCAAAAGGCCUAGACCAGUGGCAAUUCGCGAAAGAACAGUGAAGAUUGCUAAAGGAACUGGAAAUUACCCUUGGGGUUUCAGGAUCCAGUUCUCAAAGCCUAUCCUUGUGACUGAAGUAGACACAAACAGUGCAGCUGAAGAAGCAGGGCUUCAGGUUGGGGAUAUUCUGAUAGCAGUGAAUGGAACUGAUGUCACCAGCAUGCCACAUUCAGAAGCUGCCAAUCUGGCAAGAAAAGGUCCUGAUAUCCUGACUAUGGUGGUGGGAUCAGAUAUCAGCCGUUACCCUAACACCCCUAGACCUACCUGCAGAGGAUAUUUGCAUAAACGAACACAGUCAGCAAUACUGAAGGGCUGGAGAAAGAGGUGGUUUGUUCUGAAACAUAAUGGCUACCUACACUAUUACAAACACAAGAAGGAUGAAGGGAAGUGCAGACCCCUGGAAGUUACAAAGCUGGAAGGAGCGGAAAUUGGUGUUGACACCAGUCUGGGUAAACCAUUUGUUUUUAAAUGCGUACCUCAAACUGGAAACAGGAUUUUCUACUUCUGUGCAACUUCCAACCAAGAAAUGAAGAGAUGGCUGGAGGCUAUGGAUAAAGCAGUGCAUCCUGUCCAUCAGAACCACGUGUGGGUAGAUGUCACACUGCAUAACACUACACUUCCACCCUUGGCUAUCAAAAACCCAGAGUGCCUGGGGCUUCUCCACCAGCUGGACAGAAGCAAGGACAUCUGGAUUCAGCACUACUGCAUUCUGAAGGAUGGCUGUUUGUACUUUUAUGCCACUCUCCGGUCUACACCUGCCCAGGGUGGCCUUUACCUACAGGGGUAUGUUGUGAGUGAGCAGCCUCUGGGCUCCAAGAAAUCUGUAAUUGAACUCAAACCUCCAUCUGAAGAAUUUAAAACUUUCUACUUAAGUGCAGAGAAUGUAAAUGAAAACAAAAGGUGGAUUACAGCUUUGAAAGCUUCAAUUAAUAAAUGGUUACCCCUACACCAGGCAAUCCAAGAUUUCAUGAACAGACCACAGGAGGAGACAAGGAUGUGAGAAGAAAGCUAAUUUUUUCCCCUCAACUUCUGUUUUCCUUUAAAAAUUCCAUGCUAUGUCUUAUGAUUCAUCUCAAAAAAUGCUCUAGCAGCAGGUAAUCUUGAGCAUUGCUAUACAUUCACAACUAUUCUAAAUGUUAGUAAAUAAACAUAAUAUUGCCUUCUUUGUGACACUCUUUAUUUUGUGUUUCUGCUUCAACUCAGACCAUACAUAAAAGCCUGCUUUACAGCAGUGAACUGAUAUCAACAUUUAUCUGACGCAGGCACAAGAGAAAGCACUGUAUUUCAAGAUAUCUUUUGUACUUCCCAAUGUUUUAUAUCUGCACCUUUUUUUGCAAAUACACCCUUAGCAAAGACUUCUGCUUUACCAUCAAGAAGUUUCAUAUAUGGGUUUGCCUUUAAGUUUCUAGGUGGUGUGGGGCUCUGUGACAGGCUGGGCUGAGUGAAAGAUUAGCAGCUACAUAACUAUUACAGCACGCCUGGGGGAAUGGAAUAAAUUUAUAUGAUUUGGAUUAAUACUUUUUGUAUAUUCUAUCAACAUAAAUUUUAAUUUUACAGUGGUUCUGGUUUAACCAUCUGCAAUCACAGUACAGCACAUUUGUGGGUAGAAAUCAAUUAAGGAAUCAAAGACACUGUUUACUCCAAAGUUAGCAGUAAGAGACAGCAUCAUAAAUGUUCAUCGAGGAUAUCAGGGUUAGACAUCUGUGGUUAUUACAGCUGGUCAUAUACAUAGAGUUUGACAUUAUUAAUAUUAAAAUAAUUCCUCCCGUGAAUAAACCUGGGUAUUCAGUUUCCAGGUUUCCCAAAAUACUAAUUCAAGUGAAGCAACAGAAGUUAGUUCCAUUUAUUUAUUGAAGACACAUGCUAACUAAAUAUCUCAUCCUAAGAAAUUUACAAUUUAAUGCUGCAGCAAAGUACAAAAAGGAAAACAAUAUGCAUCCAAUACAGACAAAAAAAUUACCAGUUUGUGAGAUUUUAUUACAAAGUCUAUGAUACUUGGUCUUAUCAUGGUCCUUAGAUCUUUUGAACACACCAGAACCUCAGCUACAUGCUUGCUCUUGUUAGACUGAAAAUAUCGAUUGAAAUGCCAUAAAAAGCUAAAAAGCAAGUGGUGCUACCCCAGCCACUACAAAUGUAACUUUUUAGGAGAUCUAUUCAUUAACUUCAGAUGCUUGAAGUAAUUGUACUUCAAAGAAAGCUGUUAAACAGUUCAAAUGGUUUGUUACAGUGAUUUGAGUGAUUUAAUUCAAAAGUAAGAAUGGUUAGUUGAACAGUUGUAAACAAUUUUUGGAAAACAGGCACCCAACCCCAAAUAUGUUAACACUCUUGUUUUGUAUAAAUCGGUGCUCUGAGGUAAAAUGUGCAACAUUUAACAAAUAUAAAAUGUAUUUGAAAAGAAGCAGUCAUCUUAGUCAUGUACUACAUUUACUGCUAGUAUUUUGAAAUUUUCAUAUGCAGGAAUGAAAUUCAUAUUUCUGCUACAACCCUCAGAACAAGUAAUGAAGUAGGUAUAAAUUACUUUCUCACACUUUUCCACUUUGAAGAAAAUAACACGUAUGAGUGAAAUACAAGUGCUGUUGUCCUGAGACUAAUAACAUUUCCUAAAGAACAGUUAUCCAAUUCACAAUGACAGUUCAAAGCUAGGAAGCAGAAAAAUAAACAAUUUAGAAUGGCAGUUCAGAGCUAGAAAGCAGAAAAACAAGCAAUAGUAAAAAAGAUUCAAACAGAAAGAAAGACAACAAAUGUUCUUCUCAUUAAAAAAUCCCAGCCAACUAAACAAAAACAACCAACACCAAAAUCCAAACUGCGAAUAUUAAAUGAGUCACCCCAUGGGAUCCAGUUGCUUCUUCAGUUGUUACUGGCUUACUCAGCACAUUUUUUCCUUUAACAAGUGCCACUUGCAGCCAUCAUCAGAGAGAAUCACAUGAUUAACAAAUAUCUUGUUUACAUAAACCUUUGAAGACACUUAUGAUAAUGACAUAUGUGGCACAAAGAACUGACAGCAAAGAAAGAUUCAAUAACCUCAAUAGCAGGGUUCAAAAAGAAUUGAGCUGUUCAAUGGGAGUAAAGGUUGUAGUAUAUGGUCUUUUAUUGUCUCACUAAACUGUCAUCAUUAUAAUGUGCUUAAUAUAGUUAUUUUCCCCAUAAUUACAAUAACUUCCAAAGUAUAUUAGUGUUACAGUAGCAAUUUGUGCUUUAUUCAGUGUUAUAAACAACAAACAUGAAAACUUUAAAAUGUAUGUAAUUUCUCUGAUUUGAUGCAAGUCAAAAUUGAAUCAAAAAUGCCACAAGUGUACACCUGUAAAAAAUAGAAUAAACUCUUGUUUCUGUUGUAAAACUGUGUAUUUACACACAGACUUCUUGGAUCUCUUUGCUUAACUCGGUAUCAUAUCAGCAGAAUUUAUUGAAAGCUUUUUGUUUAAUGGACUUGAUUUGUCUUUCUUUUCUAUGAUUUUAUACUGCCAAACUCAAAUAAAAUACUAAGGUGUAAACGUAAACAUUUCUGAAAUGACCAUAAACUUUUAAAAAUUACAAAAUAGGUAAAUUCUUU